ACAAGGCAGGUUCUGUGGGCAGUUUCUUUGGAGGAAACACAAUGGAAAGGCGCAGUGGAAGACUGGCCAGCCUUCAAAAGCAGAAGCCCAAUAUAUACCGAGAAACAGGAGUGAGGAGGAUUUUCAAAAGACCGUACAGGAGCAAGCACUCUUCUAGUGUCACACGAUUGAAACAACACUGCAGCCCUGAGCAGGACCAUUGUCCACACAGCGACAGAGAUGCAGAAGACUCAACAGAGCAGAAUACCUGCAGCACAGAGCUGCAUGAAGGAAGCAGCUGCUCCAGCAAAUGUCUUCCUGAAACCAGCACAUUGGUAGACACCACCAACAAUUCCCCUGUGUUGCACAACCAAGGGCAUAUCCCGUUAGAGGAGCAGUCCAGGAGAGUGAUGAAGAUGGUUGCUUUUCUGGCAAUAAUAUUCCUGUUGGGCAUCUUUUCUGCAUUUGUGCAUGGCUUUCGCUUGCCCUCUGGGACCUGCAAGCAGCAGAUGCAGUUGAAGCUCAGACACCAGAAUGAGAUUCUUCAGCAACACCUUCAGCGGGAAAUUGAUGACUUCCAAGGGCAGAUCACUGAGUUGCAGAUUCAAGUAGCGACUCUAGCAAAGAUGCAUGGACAGCAGCGUAGGAGGACAAAGAAACAUCCAGUAAGGUCAGUGGACAGUUGGGUACAGGGCAACAGUGACCGCAUCCAGAGGGAGGACUUUGCUCUGAAAUCAUUGGGUGCCUCUGUUGUGAAAUACAGUGAAAGCUACAAGACAGGUGCACAUAUCUGUAUAUUUGGAUUCUGCUGGGAAUAUUCACGAUCUCCAGAUGUGAUUCUACAGCGGGAUAACACUCCAGGGAACUGCUGGGCCCUGCGUGGAGCUCGUGGCUAUGUCGUGGUUAAAUUAUCCAGAGUCAUCCAUCCGCUUGCUGUCACGCUGGAUCAUAUUGCCAAGGAAGACUCUCAGACAGAAGAGAUAUCCAGUGCCCCAAAGAACUUUGCCAUCUAUGGGCUGAAAGAAGGCUUUGGAGAGAAGGGAGGCGCCUUCCUAGGGGAGUUUGUCUAUGAUCAGGAAGGGUUCCCUGUCCAAACAUUCAAGCUGGAGGAUGCAAACACAGAUCGAUUUGGAUACCUACAGCUGAGAGUCCUGAGCAACUGGGGUCACCAAAACUAUACGUGCAUUUAUGGGCUUCGUGUGCAUGGGGACCCAGCACUCUGACAAACCUGCCAGCAAGAAUCCAUGCAAUAAAUAAUUACUUCUGGGUAACAUGUUCACUUUGAUAGUGUCAGUCUGGCCAGUAACAGCCAACAGAAGCAGUCCUGUUUUUUUAUAUUACUUUUGACUCACUCCAGAUUGAAGAAGAUGCUUAAUGAAAUAUAACCUGAUUCCUAAAAUCCAACUUGUGGCUAUGGGCAGAAAGUGACACUGUAAAAAUGGCACCUUCUUACUCCACCAAUCUACUCCCAGAGUAUUAUCUGAAUCCUAUUUGCUGAUUUAAUUGGCCAAAGUAAGUUUUAACAAGUCCAAUUAAUACAGUACUUCUUGGAGAGACUAAGCUUGAUUCUGUUCCAGCUUGUGUGCCAUCGACAGAAUUGUUAACAAGGCUUCAUUUGUGGAAUGGAUAUUACUGUUGCUGAUGCAUUAGUCAGAAAGAACCCAGCUGGACUUUCAAAUUCCAAUGGGCUGGGCCAUUAGUGUAGAAAUAUAAUUCUACUUGUAAUUUUGAACUGGAAAGGGGAGCCACACAAGAGUGGAGCCCACAAUACAGUUUUUAGCGUCACUUUUCAGAGCAGAACCACUUUUAAGACUUAUUAGAGACAUUCUUAGGCAGUCUAUGUGAUCAAAAUAGGCAAGCACCCAUGCUGGGCAGUCUUGGCUACCCAAAAGAGAUUCUUCUUCUUAAGGAAACACUCAGUCAUCUACUAUUAAAAUGCACCUCUGCAUGUUUGGAAAGAACAGUCAUCUCACUAAGUGCCAUUUUAUAUACGGUGGAACCCCAAGUAUGCUAGUCAUUUUCUAAACAGGAAGAAAAGGGGUGAA